UUGCUAUGGAUACCUCGGUAUCGUCUCAGCUCGACAGCAGUUUAAAGGACUCAGUGACAGAUGGAGAGGAGAACCACAGUGAGGCCAGUCCACCUCCUGCAGCCCCUCCUCAGGUAUCUGUGGCAGCAGAGUCCCCUGGUGUGACCAUUGUCCAGCUGUCUGAUGGUCAGACAGUGCAGGUCCAAGGCGUCAUCCAGGCCCCUCAGACCUCUGUCAUACAGUCACCACAAGUUCAGACUGUCCAGAUUGCUACCGUAGCAGAGCUGGAGGACGAUGAGUCAGUCGCAGACGCUCAGAAGAGACGAGAGAUUCUCUCCAGGCGUCCAUCUUACCGAAAAAUCCUCAAUGAGCUUUCAUCUGAUUCGCCGGCAGUUCCUAAAAUCGAUGAAGAAAAGACAGAGGAGGAGGUGCCGGUCUCGAGUGUGGCCUCAGCAUCGGUGCCAACCUCCAUCUACCAGACCAGCUCAGGACAAUACAUUGCGAUCACUCAAGGGAGAGCCAUCCAACUGACCAGCCCUGGAGUCGACCCCCUUCAGGGUGCUCAGACACUGACAGUGGCUGGCUCUCCCACCCCACAGCCCGGAGCCACCAUCCUGCAGUGUGCAUCUCAGCCUGGGGACUCCCCACAUCAGUUCUACAUCCAGGGAGGACAAGUUGUCAUCCAAGCUGCCACAGGAGACAUCCCCGCCUACCAGCUGCGGUCGCCCAACUCGGGCCUGGCUCAAAGCAUUGUGAUGGCUGCGUCCCCGGGCACCAUGCAGAGCCCGUCAUCACAACACGCUGAAGAGAUCACCCGUAAGAGGGAGGUCCGACUGAUGAAAAACAGGGAGGCAGCUCGCGAGUGCCGCAGGAAAAAGAAAGAGUACGUCAAAUGUUUGGAAAACCGCGUGGCUGUGCUGGAAAACCAAAACAAGACCCUGAUUGAAGAGCUGAAAGCACUGAAGGACAUUUACUGCCACAAAGCUGAGUAGCAGCGGCUGUUUGUGGUCACGGGCUGAAGACAGUGCCGUUUACAAACUGCUACAGCAAAACAAAAAAAAAAAAAGAAAAAGACUCUGGAACAAAAACUGCUUUGACCGUCUUUGUUUCUCUGCUCACUCAGGCCUGGUUUACGCCGAAUUCAGAAGUGUCCCGGGGAAUUCGAAUAGCUUGAGCUUGCCAGUUUCGCUCGUGUUCUUAUCUUGUGCUCUUUGCAUGUGAAGACUCAAGUGUCGUACACACUUUGCUUGCUGUUGCUAUUGUGCAUGGGCGAAGACAGCCAAUGGGAGCCAGCUGAAGAAGAGGAACAGGAAGAGGAAAUACAGGUGCUUCCUGAAAAUGCACCGCUCAAGUACAGAGAUUAUGAAAAACCUUGGCGGGUGAGCCAGGUCUCGCUACCAGCAAGCUUCUCUGAGCUCAGACGAAGUACACAAAAAGCUACGCAGAUCCACCACCAGCUGCAACCAGGCAACUCUAACAUGUUUACCUGAUAAUGCCAUUUGUGUGAUUUAUGCUUCUGUUCUUAGUCGUUUCAUGCAUUCCUUCAUGCGAAAACACAAUUAAGGAGAAACAUCUUCCAGCAUUUUGUCAGUGAAGUAAUUUCCUGGAUUCCACCAACCUGUUUUCAGUUUGUGUAGACGCUCUUGAUAAGGUCAAAAAGGUUUUUCAUGAAAUACCAACAAAGUAAAAGCAUUGAAGAGGAAAAUUCUCUGUUGUUUGGCUGUUUUUGCAUAAAACUUCAAAGCAUAUUUCAAGCCAACGUUGAGGGGCAUUAUCCAAAUCAAAACCUCAUUAGCAAAAGUCUGAAAGAGUCUUCAUUUUUCAUCGCUACAGUGGGUUGAUUGUAGUAUUUGAAAUGACAGAACACAACUGCUCUUUAGUCAAAGCACAGAACGUACCAACGUGUCAGUGUGGAUAUUAUUAGAAUUUAUAUUCAAUUACUUUUAUUUGAAGAAUUUCACUCCACAAGUUUAUAUAUUCUACAAAGUAAAUGUUACCUAUUAACAUUUUGUUUAUCAUGUUCAAAAUGUAAUUGUCAGUUACAUCCUGGAAAACCUCAGUUUUGUAAAGAAACAUCUUACAAUCGACGACUCAUAGCUGAAAUAGUAACUGUUGUGCUUUACUGUCAUGCAAGCAUCAGUUUUGUUUUUCAAAUGAUGGAUAUCCAUUGUGGAAUAAAACUGUAUUUGAUUAUGGCUAGAUAUUAUAAUGCUCUGUUUAAAGGGUGAUGCCAAUUUCUUUUCUCUGUGUUCUUUUUUCUUUUAAUGUAAAGACAUUUUAUUUUAAAUGAUAAUAUAUCAUCUUGUGUUAAUGUUUCUGGGGGUAUCAACUGCUUGCUUUCUCUGUUUCAGUUUAUAUAGUUGUUGAGUUUGUUUCUCUGAAUAUAUUUUAUCGUUAGUAGAAAAUGCGAGAAACUCACUCACUCUUUGGUGUGACAGACCAUCUCCUCUGGCUGCCAAAGCUAUUUAAGUAGCAGUUAGUUGUUUAACUACUGUUUAACGUAAUGGCAACAGUAUGAAUCAUCCUGUGGCAGUGUGGAUAUUUGCCAAACACAUGACCUGACAUGGUUUGUAUUCACAGUUGAAUGCCCCUUCUGUUAAAUUCUGUAUUACAGCAGAUGAUGAAGUUCAGGUUUUCUUUGAUAUCACGAGUUGACUUUCUCUGCACAUAGUUUCUUGCUGUUUCAAAUGGCUCCAUCUUUUACCUUGGUGUACUUCCUUGUUUGACUUGUAAAACCAAAACUAUUUUUGUUUAUCUAAUAAAAUAGGAAAAUGUGA